AUGGCCUGGCAAAGCCCCAGUUGCAUCCUGCAGGCGAUGCAGUCAGUCGGCCGAACCAUUCAGCUGCGAUCGGUCCUAUAUACCUCCAAGUCUUCCCCAGCCCCCUUCUCCUCGACCGCCACAACCGCGACGCUGAUCCUCUCACAACAACGAAGUAAUACGCGAGGAUAUGCAACUGACAUCCAAGCAGCCCCCGAAAUUGACUUUGCAAAGUUCAGUGCCCAGCCCGCGCGGAUCAUUCCCGCCUCAGCCGCCUACUUCUCCGGGAGUCCAAGAUUCAUCGACCAUCUGCUGCGUCUGGAACAUAUGCUUGCAAGAUAUGCGCCAUUACCGACGGUACCUGCGACCGAGGCCCCCCGAAUGGCAUGGCUGAAGUUGCCUCAAUUCCGCGACUUUGUCGGCGAGCCCGUUCCAAUGAAGAAAUACAAGAGCCUCGUCAAGAUUCUACAGCGACUCAAUCGGAUUGACCCUGCCAUCAUCCCGGUAGAGGUUCGUGAUGCAUUGAAGGAUUUUCUCCGGCCGGGAAACCCGUACGCUAACAAGCCGCUCCCGCCGACUCUGGACGAAAUGGGCCGGGCUCGUGGCCGGGGAAAGCGAAAGGCGUCUUCAGCUGUGGUGCACCUGGUGGAGGGGGAAGGAGAGGUUUUGGUGAAUGGAAAGAACUUGGUCGAAGUCUUUCCUCGGAUGCACGACCGGGAGAGUGCUACAUGGCCCCUGAGAUGUACCUCUCGACUGGACAAGUACAACGUGUGGGCUACUGUGCGCGGAGGAGGAGUUACUGGACAGGCUGAGGCUAUUACAUUGGCGCUGGCACGGGCACUGUUAGUUCACGAGCCUGCCUUGAAACCUAUUCUGCGAAAAGCUGGUGUCGUUACAGUGGACGCACGUCGCGUGGAGAGAAAGAAGCCAGGGCAUGUCAAAGCCCGCAAGAUGCCCACUUGGGUCAAGCGGUGA